UUGACCGCCUGACACGUUAUUUUCUUUUAAACCAAUGGUUUGCAACUGAAUGAAGUCAGACUUUUUCAUGAUAUGAUUUCAUCAGGGCUUCUAUUCAGACUUAGCACAGCCCUCCACUUUAUGUGCUGCCACGGUGACGGUUCAGGAGUUGACAUCAGUUAAAGAACUCAAUUCUGCAGAAGUCAUCCUAUUUUGUCUGUUUCCUCUCACGAUACUGAAGCAGCUGCUGACGGACCAGCAAUAGUGUGAAUAUCUCGUCCUGUGAGGGGGCCAUGGAGAAAGAUGUUUUUGACUGGAAGAAAGAGAAGGACACAGAGGACGCUGAAUCCUUCCAAGGAGAGAAGAGGAAGAUCAUUCAGCCAACAUCAUUACAAGACCCCAAACUUGAAAAGCUGAAAGAGGUGCUGAUUGAUUGGAUCAACAGUACUUUGAAACCAGAGCACAUAGUGGUCCAGAGUCUGGAGGAGGAUCUGUAUGAUGGACUGGUGCUCCAUCACAUGCUCUCCAGGUUAGCCGGUGUGCACCUCUCUGUGGAGGAGAUAGCACUGUCCAGCGCUGCUCAGAUCCACAAAUUGGAGGCGACCCUAGAGGAAUUAGACAAGAGACUGGGCCUGAAAGAUGCUGCCAGCAUUAAAUGGAACGUCAAACUCAUCCACAACAAAGACCUUCUGGCCACUAUUCAUCUUCUGGUUGCCAUGGUGAGAUGUUUCCAGCCUGAUCUGGACUUGCCACCAAAUGUGAAGGUUGAAGUCAUAGCCAUGGAAGUCAGCAGCAGUGGAAUCAAAUCAAAUGUGCAGAUUGAGUUCCUCACUGAAGAAAGUGAUGCAGCUGCAGAUUCUCUCAACAAUUCAGAAGGGGAAGAUCCCAUUGAACAACUGCUGAAGCUGGAGGCUCACAAGGUCAACACGGUGAAGAAGGCCCUCUUACACUUUAUCAACCAGAAUAUGUCAACCAUGGGUCUGCAGGUGGCUGACAUGGACAAACAGUUUGCAGAUGGUGUGAUACUGCUUCUGCUGAUUGGACAGCUGGAAGGCUUCUAUGUCCCUCUCUAUGAUUUCAACCUGACCCCUGUCAAUCACUCUGAGAUGCUUCAGAAUGUGACCCUUGCCCUGGACCUCCUCAAAGACCUCGGCCUGCAUGUGAACAAUGUUGACCCACAAGAUAUUAUCUCUCAGGAUGCCACGGCCACCUUGAAGGUCCUGUAUGCCCUGUUCAAGAAGCAUAAAGCGAAAUGAGGGAGGAGAGACACAUGAAGAGGCAUCCAGGUGAUGGGGAACAUUCCUGAAGCUGAUGAUAUAUUCUUUUUUUCCCUAGCUGUUGCAAAUUCAGGUAUUUGAAGGGUGCAGCUGUUAACAUUCAAAAGUUGUCCAUCGGCCAGUAUUUACACCUUCUAAAGGUAUAAAAAUCAGCAUGAAUGACAUAACAGGAGGCUAAAAAAAAAAAAAAGUCCAAAAUAGAUGUUUCAGUUUUAUUCACAUCAGAAACAUGUGAUCUUGAUAGGGAUCUGUACCCUACCAGUGUUAUUAUUCUAAAUUUUUGAAUAUUUAAAUUUUAUUAUUACUAUUUUUAUUUUUCAAUUGAUUUUGUUUAUUUUCCUUUAUCCAUUUGUAACUCCAACACCACUGAGGCAUGUUGUGUCAUGGCACUCAUUCCACCUGUAAAAAUAUCCCAGUUCUUGACUAUCACUUAUCAAAAAGCAAUUUGAUUUUUUCCCACUUCUCUUUGUACACCUGCUGAUAGCCUUGGUCUCUCUGUUUUCAAUCUGUAAAUGCUAAUGCCAUGUCUCAGAAAAAUUGUAUUUUUUUGUCAUGUAAGUGAUGACAGUCCAUUGCCACAAAAAGGUAGAGGGAAAGAGAGAGAAUAUGUUUUCCAAAUGAUGAUGUCUUGAACAAGAAAAGUUGAAAUGACUAAAAAAUGUUUUUGCUCACUCUAAGUGAAGGUUUUUUUUUUUUUUUUUUUUUUUUUUUUUUGCUAAAAAAAUGUAACAAUUGUCAGGAAUGUGUCAGCAACCUGUUCUUGCUGCACACAUGUACUGUCAGUAUCCAUUGUGGUUGUGUGACCAUUAGUUGGUGCAUUAGGAUAUUGCCAAGUGCCUUUAUUUAUUUUUUUCUUCAGAUGAAAGUAUGAAGUGUGACAAACACCAAAGAAAAAUGGCAACUUUCCCACUCUGAAUUACUCUGAUCCUGUCCAAAUUUCCGUUCAGUUUUUUUUUUUUUUUUUUUUUUUGACAUUCGGGAAACCCGUAGGGAACUGGAAAUGUACA